UGUAUCCAGCCUUCCCUCCCAUACAUAGUAGAGUUUGGCAGUUUGGAUCUACUCUGCUCCUUGACAGACAGACGUAUCCUCUACAGUGGUUUUUGAAUCCCACUCCCUGUGGUGCAGAAAGGGAAGAUGGCUUACACAAGGGGAGUCAUCAUCUGGCUGUCGUUGGUAGCCCUGGCAUUGUUGGACAGCAGAUGCCAAGCGCAACGUGACUGCCGAGUGAGCAACUUCAAAGUCCAGGAAAACUUUGACAAGUACCGAUAUGCUGGAGUCUGGUAUGCGAUGGCCAAAAAAGACCCUGAGGGACUGUUUCUGCAGGACAAUGUGGUAGCCCAUUUUUUUAUUGAUGAGAAUGGGAAGAUGACUGCUACCGCCAGGGGCAGAGUGGAGCUCAUGAAUAACUGGAACAUAUGUGCGGACAUGAUUGGCUCCUUCACAGAGACGAAGGAUCCCGCCAAGUUGAAGAUGAAAUACUGGGGUUUGGCAUCCUAUCUCCAGAAGGGAUAUGAUGAUCAUUGGGUAGUGGCCACAGAUUAUGACACAUAUGCCCUGCAUUACUCCUGCCGUCAGGUGAAUGAGGAGGAUGGCACUUGUACUGAUGGCUACUCCUUUGUGUUCUCUCGGGACCCAAAUGGACUAUCUCCAGAAGCACAAAGAAUUGUCAGGCAAAAGCAGACAGAACUCUGCUUAGAACGACAAUACAGGGUUAUUGUUCAUAAUGGAUACUGCCGUUAAGGAGAACAUACCCUUUGGUAACCAUUUUAUAGUUGCAAAGUUUAUAAACUAAUCAUUUUUUGAGAAGUCCUUCAAGCAGAUUAUUUUAGAUGUUGAAUAUAUUUAUCUGAACUGUACCAUUUACCCUGCAAGUAAGUGAAAUUUAAUAAACUGAGAUUAGUGAACGGCA